AUGAAAAGCUUAGAGUCAUUUCUUCAUGAUCUUAAGAUGCACAUGCUAGAUAAAGUCAUCUAUGCAAAGGGAGAGAAAGAUUUUGUUGUUCAUAGUGAAGAACUCCCACCAGUUAUUGCACCAAUUCUACGUGGCCCUGUGGUGUAAAAUACUGAGCAUGAAAAGAAGAGCGUUUACUUAAAAAACAUCAAGUUUACGGGUACAUAUAUUUACUGUUUGAAGUCUUUGUCUUCCUUUAAAACUAUACAGCAGCUAGCACACUGGCCACAUCCUUAAUUUAUGUUCUGCAUUUUGCCAAAAGGAGUCUUUUCUUCUUCUAAUUGUGCAUGUGAGCUCAUGAUCACUGAUAAUGUUUUUUGGUACUUUAUGAAUAAAAUGUCUAAAACCGUUUAAUUUAUUAUAUGAUUUAGGAGAUCCUGCUAUUCUCCACAAAGAGAUUAAAGAGAAAAACAUCAACAUGGCCAACAUUGCUAAUUAUACCACUGAAGAGCUUAAGGAGUUGGCAUCCAUUUGUGAAAUUCCAGUAUUUACAAAAGUCUAAGGUAUGAUACAAACCUUAUUCCAAAAUGGUUUCAAUUUUAAUCUUCUUUAGUGUCAAUGUUAAUUGGCCCUUGUUGCCUCGUUUUAGGUUAAGAAUUCUUUUGAAUUCUGCAGAUGCGGUUGAGGCCAAGAGGGCUAAUUAACAUGAAUAUAAAAGAAUAAUAAAAUUGUCACCAUUUUGGAAUAUUAGAUGUAUAUGUACAGCGCAAAUGCGUUACUGUUAACAGCCAUGUCUUACGAAAAAAACACAAUGACUUUAGUAGAAGUGUAACUUGUUAGUUUUUGUCUAGUUUAAUUUGGGGCUUCUUUUUGAUUUUAUAUCCUUGUUUGUUUUCACUUCUAUAUACAAAUUUUUGUUUUACCCUGUUUUCCUUGAUACCCAGUAAUCUAGAUCUGUUCCCUUCUUAGAAUUCUGGUUGUUUUGAAAAACCAGAAUAUGCAAAGAAACCAACUGCGGUAUGUUGUUUUCAGCAUUGCUUAAUGUGCACAUGCUGGUGCUCUUUUAUUGUUCUUUCCCUCUUUCCAAAAAAAAGAUGCUUAAUAUAUAUAUUUAGUAUAAAUCUGCUAGUGUUCUUUCACAAAUGGCAUUCUUUGAUUGGCUUCGCGACUCACUAUCUAUUCUUUGAUAGAAAUCUCUUUAAUAUAUAUAUUUUGUUAACAUUAAAUGUAUCCUUUUUUCAGCAAGUGGAAUGCCCUCUGAUUGUUCCUGCAGAGUACCGUGCUGUUUCUGCCAUGAACGUUCCAGAAGAACUUGAACAAUCCGAGCACCCCAUUUCUGGAUUUUCCAGGAUAUUUGUUUUGGGGGAAAGAUUUCACAGUUCCACUGACCCCCACAAAUCACCUCUCUGCUUGUUUCACAACAUCGAUCUGUGUGCCCAAGGCAAUGCUAUCAAAACUAGCUACCAAGAAUCUGAAAACGUCCGAAAGAAUAUGAGACGGCUACGCAGCUCUACGCUUCAAGGGUUUGGGACACACUUCUGUUAU